CAAUCACUUCUGAAAGGCUUACUAAGUACAUAUCUCCAAAAGAAGAAGACGAGCAGAACUGUAUAUAUCACCCAGAAGAUUUGCUUUUAUUGAUUUGAAAGUUUUUUUGAAGACAGUCACUGCUGGUGAAACACUGCAAUGAGUGAUAUCUCAGAUUCAAAGAAGUGCCCUGGGUGCAAUACUCCAACAGAGAGAUCCUGUGCUCCAAACCUUUGCCAACCUUGCUACAUAUGUUCAGUAAAGAAAAGAAUUGUCUAUCAGUUCUGCUGGUCUUGUCUGCAAGAAUGGAAAGGCCCUUCCCCAAAGUCAGAUUGUUGUAGCAACAAAGAUUGUAUGAUUCGGGGAGCACUGCUGUCUGGUAACAUUGAUACACCAGGGAGUUCCGUGAAGGGCUGUCCCAGAUUUCGAGUCUGCCCUGGAUGCAAUGCACUCCUCACUCACACCAACAAUGGCUGCAGAAAUAUCCAUUGCCCAGCCUGUGGUAGAUCCAUGUGUUACCGUUGUCUAGCAGACCCGUCAUGUAAGAACUGCACCAUCCAGGACAACAGCUCAACUCUCAAAAGAUUGGGACAGUCCUAAUAAUAAUAAUAACUAGCCUGCUGGAUGCCCAUACCAAGACACAGGAACUGUUCAACCUGUCCUGAAAGUUUUUAUUUUAUGGGUGCUUUUAAGUUAUAUCAUGUAGCCAAAAUGUUACAGUUUAUGAAGUAUUUCAGUAGUCUGUAAAUAUCUCACACACUUUAAACUCGCUUAAAAGCUCAUAUAAUCAUAUAUUUUGGAAACUGAAAAUGAUGAGACCAGCUGAAGAAUUUCUACUUUUCAUAAAAGCAGCAUUUUCAUAAUGUAAGGUAAACUUAAAGCUACUGGCAGCAAAUCCAUAGUCCUUUGUAACAACUGUCUCAGAUUUAAGGAGAAUAAAGGAGGAGUUUAAGUGA